AACGUUUUAAUUUGGAAAGUACUCAACGGAAGUUAAUUAUACCACGGAAGAAGAAGAAGGAGGAGGAGGAGGAAGCUUCCGGUUGAAGGAGACAGUUCGUGAGUUUGGUGUUUUCCCGGAACAGAAGGCAGAGUUUGUGUACAUCGAGAGAAAGAAACAUCAACCGGAACAGAACAUGGACUGUGAAGAGAAAACAUACGGUGGCUGCGAAGGUCCAGACGCCAUGUACGUCAAACUGAUCUCCUCCGACGGUCACGAGUUCAUCGUGAAGAGAGAACAUGCGCUAACGUCAGGAACCAUUAAAGCCAUGCUGAGUGGCCCUGGUCAGUUUGCCGAAAACGAGACGAACGAAGUAAAUUUCAGAGAGAUUCCGUCCCACGUCCUCUCCAAAGUCUGCAUGUAUUUCACCUACAAAGUCCGAUACACCAACAGUUCCACAGAAAUCCCAGAGUUCCCCAUCGCCCCGGAGAUCGCCCUGGAACUGCUCAUGGCUGCGAACUUCUUAGAUUGUUAAACGUAUCGCGUGCACGAACCCGUAAAGCAGAUAGUCGUAAAUUGACGUGUGGCAGGAGGACGUGUCGUGUGUCGUGUGAUUUUUAAGUUAGAUUUCUCAGUAUUAGUUUUGUCCAAGCCACAGAAUUCCAUACAGAGCAGCAUGCCAUGUUUUCAUGCUAAUAAAAUUCUGGGGGGAAAAAAAAAGAAUCUAUGAAUAAAAUAAUUAACUUUAUGAAUAAUUAGAAGAUUUUAUACAAACCCCACCCGAAAAGCCACUUCCAGGAAUUUUCAUCAAGCAUUAAUGACCAUUAAUGGUGGAGUCGUAGCUUACACGCUCUCAGUGGAAGAUGAGCAAGUACAUUUGAAUAAACACACUGUAUGUUCUGUAUAAUAACA